CCAGCCUGCCCGCCCGCCCGGAGCCCGGAGCCCGCUCUGGCCGGAGGGAGAGAGAACCACACUGCUGAUGACUCCGAGGGAGGGGCUCUGGACAUGUGCUGCAGUGAGAGGCUGCCGGGCAGCCUCAGGGUACCCAGAUUUCUUACGGGGCUGCUGAAGGUUUCUAGAGCAAGUGUCCUGAGAAAACCAGCAGAAGCCACGUGGACUUUUCAGACCUAGCCUCAGCGGUCAUACAGCAUCACUUCUGCCACAUCCCCAUCCUUAAGGCAGUCACCCAGUUCAAGGGGAGGGGACACAGACUCCACCUACUGAUGGGAGGAAUGUUGAAGAAUUCACAGACACGUCUGAAGACCACCACAGGAAUCAAGUUACAGAGAGGUUAAACAGCUUGCCCAAGUCAUGUAGCUAUUAAAUGGAACAGGCUGAGCCAGCCUUUUGCUCCAGUUCCGGUGAGUUGGCAGCUGGGAGCUCCAAGGAUGAGUCACUGACAGGAGCAGCCACGGGUUCUCCAGCUCAGGUGGUAUCAGCCGCGGGGCACGCAGUAGCUGCAGAGUUUAAUGGUCUCCCCCAGCCGGUAGUGAUGGAGGCGCUGGACCAGGCCGAAGGGCUCACGGACUCGCAGAGAGAGAUGCCACUGCCCCCAUCUCCUUCACCGCCCUCAGAGCCAGCUCAGAAGCCACCACCUCAAGGCACCGGGAGCCACUCCCUCACUGUCAGGAGCAGCCUCUGCCUGUUAGCUGCCUCCCAAUUCCUGCUUGCCUGCGGGAUGCUCUGGCUCAGCGGCUAUGGCCCCAUCUGGUCACAGAAUGCCACAGACCUCUUCUCCUCCUUGCUCGCACUUCUGGAGCAGCUGGGACCCAUGGUGAGAUCUCUUCCUCCCACCACCUUGACCUGUUUGUCUGAUGUCCCCCAGGCCUGGCUGGGCAGCGGGACCUGGGAAGUCCUCAGUCUGCUGUUGGUUUCUCUGUCUGUGGUCCUCGUUACCGCCCUGGUGUGGCACCUUCUGAGGGCUCCCCCAGAGCCACCCACCCCACUGCCCCCUGAGGACAGGCGCCAGUCGGUGAGCCGCCAGCCCUCCUUCACCUACUCCGAGUGGAUGGAGGAGAAGGUAGAGGAUGACUUCCUGGACCUGGAUGCCGUCCCUGAGACUCCCGUGUUUGACUGCGUGAUGGACAUCAAGCCUGAGACUGACCCCGCCUCACUGACCGUCAAGUCCAUGGGUCUGCAGGAGAGGAGGGGCUCCAACGUCUCCCUGACCCUGGACAUGUGCACGCCGGGCUGCAGCGAGGAGGGCUUCGGCUAUCUCAUGUCUCCACGCGAGGAGUCGGCCCGCGAGUAUCUGCUCAGCGCCUCUCGUGUCCUCCAGGCCGAGGAGCUUCACGAAAAGGCCCUGGACCCCUUCCUGCUGCAGGCAGAAUUCUUUGAAAUCCCCAUGAACUUCGUGGAUCCAAAAGAGUACGACAUCCCUGGGCUGGUGCGGAAGAACCGAUACAAAACCAUCCUUCCCAACCCUCACAGCAGAGUGUGUCUGACCUCACCAGACCCUGAUGACUCUCUGAAUUCCUACAUCAACGCCAACUACAUCCGGGGCUACGGUGGGGAGGAGAAGGUGUACAUCGCCACUCAGGGACCGAUCGUCAGCACCGUCGGUGACUUCUGGCGCAUGGUGUGGCAGGAGCACACGCCUAUCAUUGUCAUGAUCACCAACAUCGAGGAGAUGAAUGAGAAGUGCACCGAGUACUGGCCAGAGGAGCAGGUGGUGUAUGACGGUGUCGAGAUCACUGUGCGGAAAGUCAUUCACACUGAGGACUACCGGCUGCGACUCAUCUCUCUCAGGAGCGGGACUGAAGAGCGAGGCCUGAAGCAUUACUGGUUCACAUCCUGGCCUGACCAGAAGACUCCAGACCGGGCCCCCCCACUCCUACACCUGGUUCGAGAGGUGGAGGAGGCCACCCAGCAGGAGGGGCCUCACUGCGCCCCCAUCAUCGUCCACUGCAGCGCAGGGAUUGGGAGGACUGGCUGCUUCAUUGCCACCAGCAUCUGCUGCCAGCAGCUGCGGCAGGAGGGUGUGGUGGACAUCCUGAAGACCACGUGCCAGCUCCGUCAGGACAGGGGCGGCAUGAUCCAGACCUGCGAGCAGUACCAGUUUGUGCACCAUGUCAUGAGCCUCUAUGAGAAGCAGCUGUCCCGCCAGUCCCCAGAGUGACCUCACUCCUCCUCUGAGGUCCUCUGGGCACCACCCAGCCUGAAUCUGGGCCCUUACCCCAGCCACCCCUGCUCCCUGCCCUGCCUCUCCUGCUUCCUUCUCUUCAGCCUGGCCCCUGCCCCCCAACAUAGCUCUUCCUACUGUAUAUACUGGGGAGUAGGGUAGGGCGGGGGAGGAAUGUGCCAGGCCAGGCCUGGGGCCCCAGGACCUGACACACACACCAUUCAGACCUGGGGCCGCAGUUUUUAAUGACGGUUCCAUUGCUACUUGACCCAAAAUGUUUCUGUGUCGCACUCCAAGUGUCCUACCACAGCGUAUUCUGUCUGUCUAUCCAUCCAUCUCUGCUGUCUGUACCGGACACUGUGUCUCCUCAGCCCGGGAAAGGGGUAAUGAGCUCCAGCCCCUAAGUAGCCCAGGCAGAGGUGCCUGCCUCAGGCCCCUACCCCACUUCUCCCAACAGGCAGAUUGCAUUUUGCCUCCAGUCACUGGGACCAGAGUGGGGAGAGGGCCCUGAGGACCUGGAGGUCAGGCAUGGGGUGCUUCUGAGAGGAGAGGGAGAUCUCAGUGUGGGGAGAGCUCUCUGGAUUGGUGGGGAGAGGAGUAUCACAGCCUGUAUGGCCUCUGAGUGUCAGAUGCCCUCAGGAGGCAGUGAUUAGCCUGAGGCAUUGGGGAGGAAGGGGACGAAUGGGGGCCGUGAACCCAGAGGACCUGGGCCCUGGUGGGGCGGGAGGGAGAGGGGGAGCACCGAGAGUGGGGUGGGGACUCGGCCCCAGAUCUGUGUGAAACAUUUUUCUGUGUUACUGUGGAAAAGCCUUCCCAGAAGUCUUGCUGCGUAUAGCUCUGCGUGUGUUCCCGUGUUCAUGCGUGUUGAGAGCCCGUCAUCAGGGUAUGCAUGACUCUUUGGCAACAUGUGUUAUCUUGGAGCCACGUGUUUUUAUUGCUGACUUUAAAUAUUUAUUCCACGGCAGACAGAGACACUCGGUGUCUUUUUAUAAUUUGCUCGUGGUCAUUGAAUAGAGCAAUAAACAGAGCAUUUUGAGCAAAACCA